AUGGGCUGCGAACAAUCAACACCUGUGAAUUAUUCACACUCUCCGGUCAACAGCUACAAACGCAAACAAAGAGCUGGUGGGUAUUCUUCAGCGACACCAAGCCAAGGACACCGCCGACGAAACUACCAUUCCAGGACCACCCUCGAUUAUGGUGGGUUCGGUGGCUAUUCAGGUGGAUGUGAUUAUGGUGGAUAUAGUGGUGGCGGUGGAGGAGGCGGAGGAGGUGGAUGUGAUGGUGGUGGCGGCGGCGGCGGUGGUGGUGGCGGUGGUGGCGGUGGUGGUUGUGGCGAGUAG